AAGGAUAUGGUCACUGGACUUAGUCCCCUGCUCUUUAGGAAACUCAGUAACCCUGACAUAUUUUCGUCCACUGGAAAAGCUAAACUCCAACGACAGCUUAGUCAAGAUGACUGUAAGUUACGAAGAGGAAGCCUGGCCAGUUCUCUUUCAGGUAAGCAGCUGCUCCCUUUGUCCAGCAGUGUACACGGCAGUGUGGGACAAGUGGCUUGGCAGUCUUCAGGAGAAGCGUCAAACCUGGUUCGAAUGAGAAACCAGACUCUUGGACAGUCUGCACCUUCUCUUACUGCUGGUUUGAAGGAGUUGAGCCUUCCAAGAAGAGGCAGCUUAAUCUCUACUCUUUGCCGAGGAGCUGAAGCAAACCAGCCCAUGUUUUCACCCACGUUGGCUCCAGCCCUCUCCCUCACUAAAGUUCCAUUUAGCGCUGACUGUGCUCUGGCUACUUCUCCUCUUGUCUUUUUCCUGAACCCACACGCCCACAGCAGUCCUGGCAGUCCCUGUUCCAGCUACCCACUGCAGUGGAGUUGCCGGACAAGUAACCGCAAGAGCUUGAUUGUGACCUCUAGCACAUCACCUACACUACCGCGGCCACACUCGCCACUCCAUGGCCACACAGGUAACAGUCCUCUGGACAGCCCCCGGAAUUUCUCUCCAAAUGCACCUGCUCACUUUUCCUUUGUUCCUGCCCGUAGCCAUGGCCACAGAGCAGACAGGACUGAUGGACGGCGCUGGUCUUUGGCCUCUUUGCCUUCUUCAGGCUAUGGAACCAACACUCCUAGCUCCACUGUUUCAUCGUCGUGCUCCUCACAGGAGAAGCUGCACCAGUUGCCUUUCCAGCCAACGGCUGAUGAGCUGCACUUUCUGACGAAGCAUUUCAGCACGGAGAGUGUGCCGGAUGAGGAGGGACGGCAGUCCCCAGCCAUGCGGCCCCGCUCCCGCAGCCUCAGUCCUGGACGGUCCCCAGUUUCCUUUGACAGUGAAAUAAUAAUGAUGAAUCAUGUGUACAAAGAAAGAUUCCCCAAGGCCACCGCACAAAUGGAAGAGCGACUGGCAGAGUUUAUUUCCUCCGACACUCCAGACAGCAUGUUGCCCUUGGCAGACGGAGCCCUGAGCUUUAUUCAUCAUCAGGUGAUUGAGAUGGCCAGAGACUGCCUGGAUAAGUCCCGGAGUGGCCUCAUUACAUCACACUACUUCUACGAACUUCAAGAGAAUUUGGAGAAACUUUUGCAAGAUGCUCAUGAGCGCUCGGAGAGCUCUGAGGUGGCUUUUGUGAUGCAGCUGGUGAAGAGGUUGAUGAUCGUCAUUGCCCGCCCAGCUCGUCUCCUGGAAUGCCUGGAGUUCGACCCUGAAGAGUUCUACCACCUAUUAGAAGCAGCUGAAGGUCAUGCCAAAGAGGGACAAGGGAUUAAAUGUGAUAUUCCCCGCUACAUUGUCAGCCAGCUGGGCCUCACACGGGAUCCCCUGGAGGAAAUGGCCCAGUUGAGCAGCUACGACAGUCCUGACACUCCGGAGACAGAUGAUUCAGUCGAGGGCCGCGGGGUAUCUCUGCCAGCUAAAAAGACACCCUCCGAAGAGGACUUUGAAACCAUUAAGCUCAUCAGCAAUGGCGCCUAUGGGGCCGUCUUCCUGGUGCGGCACAAGUCCACCCGACAGCGCUUUGCCAUGAAGAAGAUUAACAAGCAGAACCUGAUCCUCCGGAACCAGAUCCAGCAGGCCUUCGUGGAACGUGACAUACUGACUUUCGCCGAGAACCCCUUUGUGGUCAGCAUGUUCUGCUCCUUUGAGACCAAGCGCCACUUGUGCAUGGUGAUGGAAUAUGUUGAAGGGGGAGACUGUGCCACUCUGCUGAAGAAUAUCGGGGCCCUGCCUGUGGACAUGGUGCGUCUGUACUUUGCGGAAACUGUGCUGGCCCUGGAGUACUUACACAACUAUGGCAUCGUGCACCGUGACCUCAAGCCUGACAACCUCCUGAUCACAUCCAUGGGGCACAUCAAGCUCACUGACUUCGGGCUUUCUAAGAUUGGCCUCAUGAGUCUGACCACAAAUCUGUAUGAGGGCCACAUUGAAAAGGAUGCCCGCGAGUUCCUGGACAAGCAGGUGUGCGGGACCCCAGAGUACAUUGCACCCGAGGUGAUCCUGCGUCAGGGCUAUGGCAAGCCCGUGGACUGGUGGGCCAUGGGCAUCAUCCUGUAUGAGUUCCUGGUGGGUUGCGUCCCUUUCUUUGGAGACACUCCGGAGGAGCUCUUCGGACAAGUGAUCAGUGAUGAGAUCGUGUGGCCUGAGGGUGAUGAUGCACUGCCCCCAGACGCCCAGGACCUCACCUCCAAACUGCUCCACCAGAACCCUCUGGAGAGACUGGGCACAGGCAGCGCCUGUGAAGUGAAGCAGCACCCGUUCUUCACGGGGCUGGACUGGACAGGACUUCUUCGCCAGAAGGCCGAGUUUAUUCCGCAGCUGGAGUCGGAGGAUGACACCAGCUACUUUGACACCCGUUCCGAGCGAUACCAGCACGUGGACUCGGAGGAUGAGGAGGAGGUGAGCGAGGACGGCUGCCUCGAGAUCCGCCAGUUCUCUUCCUGCUCGCCGAGGUUCAGCAAGGUGUACAGCAGCAUGGAGCGGCUCUCACUGCUCGAGGAGCGCCGGACCCCGCCUCCGACCAAGCGCAGCCUGAGUGAGGAGAAGGAGGACCGCUCGGACGGCCUGGCAGGGCUGAAGGGCCGCGACCGGAGCUGGGUGAUCGGCUCCCCGGAGAUAUUACGCAAGCGCCUGUCGGUGUCUGAGUCAUCCCACACAGAGAGUGACUCGAGCCCUCCGAUGACAGUGCGACGUCGUUGCUCAGGCCUCCUAGAUGGGCCUCGAUUUUCUGAGGGCUCUGAGGAGGCCAGCAACGCCCCCAGGAGGCAGCAGCAGGAGGGCAUAUGGCUCCAGACACCCUCACCUGCAGAGGGGGUACCUGGGCCCAGCCAUGAACGGCCAGUGGAGCGGCCGCUGAAACUGGACGAGGAAGAAGCAGGCCCAGGCAGUGGUCCCAGUGCAGCCGGGGAGACCCGAGACCGAGGGACCCCGCAGCCGGCAGAGGGAGCCACAGCCAAGGCCAUCAGCGACCUGGCUGUGCGCAGGGCCCGCCACCGGCUGCUCUCUGGGGACUCUCUAGAGAAGCGCACCACCCGCCCCGUCAACAAAGUGAUCAAGUCCGCCUCUGCCACGGCCCUCUCCCUCCUCAUUCCUGCAGAACACCACACCUGCUCCACCCUGGCCAGCCCCAUGUCCCCUCACUCCCAGUCAUCCAACCCGUCAUCCAGGGACUCUUCUCCAAGCAGGGACUUCUUGCCAGCCCUUGGCAGCUUAAGACCUCCCAUCAUCAUCCACCGAGCUGGCAAGAAGUACGGCUUCACCCUGCGGGCCAUUCGUGUCUACAUGGGUGACUCGGAUGUCUACACUGUGCACCACAUGGUUUGGCACGUGGAGGACGGAGGUCCAGCCAGUGAGGCGGGGCUUCGCCAGGGUGAUCUCAUCACCCACGUCAACGGGGAGCCCGUGCAUGGGCUGGUGCACACAGAGGUGGUGGAGCUGAUCCUAAAGAGUGGAAACAAGGUGUCCAUUUCGACAACUCCCCUGGAGAACACGUCCAUUAAGGUGGGGCCAGCCAGGAAGGGCAGCUACAAGGCCAAGAUGGCCCGGAGGAGCAGGCGGGGCCGGGGCAAGGAUGGACAAGAACGAAAAAGGAGUUCCCUGUUCCGGAAGAUCACCAAGCAGGCCUCCCUGCUCCACACCAGCCGCAGCCUUUCUUCCCUUAACCGCUCGUUGUCGUCAGGGGAGAGCGGACCAGGCUCUCCCACACACGGCCACGGCCUUUCCCCCCGAUCGCCCACUCAGGGCUACCGAGUGACCCCCGAUGCACUGCAUUCAGUGGGAGGGACCUCAUCCCAGAGCAGCUCCCCCAGCUCCAGCGUGCCCAGCUCCCCCGCCGGCUCGGGGCACACGCGGCCCAGCUCCCUCCAUGGUCUGGCACCCAAGCUCCAACGCCAGUACCGCUCUCCACGGCGCAAGUCAGCGGGCAGCAUCCCCCUGUCGCCACUGGCCCACACCCCUUCUCCGCCACCACCAGCGGCCUCACCCCAGCGCUCCCCAUCACCCUUGUCUGGCCACGGAGCCCAGGCCUUUCCCACCAAGCUUCACUUGUCGCCGCCCCUGGGCAGGCAGCUCUCGCGGCCCAAGAGUGCGGAGCCACCCCGCUCGCCCCUGCUGAAGAGGGUCCAGUCGGCUGAGAAGCUGGCAGCUGCCCUCGCUGCCUCCGAGAAGAAGCUCGCCCCUUCUCGCAAGCAUAGCCUCGACCUGCCCCACUCCGAGCUAAAGAAGGAACUGCCGCCCCGGGAAGUCAGCCCUUUGGAGGUAGUCGGGACCAGGGGUGUGCUGUCUGGGAAGGGGGCCCUGCCAGGGAAGGGGGUGCUGCAGCCUGCUCCCUCGCGGGCCCUCGGCACCCUCCGGCAGGACAGAGCUGAGCGCCGAGAGUCACUGCAGAAGCAGGAAGCGAUCCGCGAGGUCGACUCCUCAGAGGAUGACACCGAUGAGGGGCCUGAGAGCAGCCAGGGUGUUCAGGGGCCGAGCGCGGCAUCUAACCCGGACGCGGGCCAGAAUCCUCCCCCUAGAGGAGCAGCAGAGGGUGGGGAAGAGGAUUCCUUCUUGCCCAGGGACUCCAAGAGCCAAGGGCCAGUGGUCCCAGGCCAGUUGACAGGGGUCACACUGGGGCUUCCAAGAAUAGAAGGUCCCGGUGCCCCUCAGAGGAAGCUUAGGAGCCCACAAGCCUUCGAGGAGGCCGUCAGCUCCUCACUAGCCCCCAGCCUGGGCAGGUCUGGUCCCACAGAUCCCACCCCCGCUGAGGGCUGCUGGAAGACCCAGCACCUCCACCCCCAGGCACUGACAGCACUUUGUCCCAGCCCUUCUGGACUUGUCCCUGCCAGUUGCUCUGUUGCCGCCUCCACCUCCGGGAAGCCAGGUGUGUGGCCCUGGAAGUUCGUUACCGAGGGCCCGGAGUGGGCAUCCCCAAGCAGAAAUGGGACAACGGCAGGUGGGCUGGCCAGCCCCCAGGAGUUGGAAAGCAUAACCACAGCCCACCCCAAGGACCCAGUUCCCAGGCAGGAGGGGAAGGCACGGCCCCCCAGUGCCCCUGGGGUGGCCCAUUCCCCUCGCGAAGUUCCCAGCCACAGCUGGCCGUGGGAGCCUGAGUGUGCACAAGUCAAGAAAGAAGAGCCCACCCUGAGCAGUGCCAAAGUGCCCGAUGCCUCAGGUGACCGGAGGCAGGACAUUCCGUGCAGAGGCUGCUCCCUCAGCCAGGAACCUGGGCCCAGUCUGCUCCGGAAGGGCCGAGAACUAGGGGGCCAUCCAAAGCAUCAGGACUUGGCAUUGGCACCAGAUGAGCUUCUAAAGCCAACGUAGCCGUCGUCUGCCGUGUCUCCCCCUGAGACCUGUGUAAUAAAGCUCCUGGAAACCGUC